AUGAAAGACUGCCAUGGCUCUUCAACCACAGAGCUGUUAUCUGACGCCUACAGUAUGAAAGACUGCCAUGGCUCUUCAGCUGUAGAGCUGUUAUUUGACGCCUACAGUGUGAAAGACUGCCAUGGCUCUUCAGCCAGAGAGCUCUUAUCUGAUGUCUACAGUGUGAAAGACUGCCAUGACUCUUCAACAACAGAGCUGUUAUCUGUUGUCUACAGUAUGAAAGACUGCCAUGGCUUUUCAGCUGUAGAGCUCAUAUCUGACGUCUACAGUAUGAAAGACUGCCAUGGCUCUUUAACCAUAGAGCUGUUAUCUGACACCCACAGGGUGAAAGACUGCCAUGGCUCUUCAACCAGAGAGCUCUUAUCUGAUAUCUACAGUGUGAAAGACUGCCAUGGCUGUUCAACCACAGAGCUGUUAUCUGACGCCUACAUUGUGAAAAACUGCCAUGGCUCUUCAACCACAGAGCUGUUAUUUGACACCUGCAGUGUGAAAGACUGCCAUGGCUCUUCAGCCAUAAAGUUCUUAUCUGAUGUCUUCAUUGAAAGACUGCCAUGGAUCUUCAACCACAGAGGUCUUGAAUGA